AUGUCCCUUUUGUUCUGUGACCCGCAGGAGAUAACGGAAUACACAAAGCAAGUACUAAUCCUUCCUUUAUACCUUCAGGUGAAGCUGCAACUUUCUAUUCAAAUUCAAAGAAUGAAUAGAACUUCAUGGACUGAAUUUGUUCUUGUUGGGUUACUGAACCACACGACGACACACACCAUUUUCUUUGGUGCAAUUCUACUUACCUUCCUUAUUGCUUUAUCUGGAAACUGUCUCUUUCUCAUUCUGAUCCAAACAGGUUCUGAUUUUAAGACCCCCAUGUAUUUUUUCCUCAGCCAAUUGUCCUUCAUGGAUAUUUGUCAGAUCUUCACCAUUGUCCCCAAAAUGUCAAUGGAUUUCUUGAACAAGAUGAACACAAUUUCACUGGCUGGAUGUGGAGCACAGCUUUUUUUCACUUUGACAAUGGGAGGAGCAGAAUGUCUCCUGUUGACUGUCAUGUCCUAUGACAGGUAUGUGGCAAUAUGCAGGCCCUUGCAAUACCGUCUCCUCAUGAACAAGAGAAACUGCCUUAUCAUGUCAGCAGGAGUCUGGCUUGGUGCCUCGUCUCAUGCUUUGAUACACACCACUGGUAUGCUUCGGCUACCCUUCUGUAAGUCAAAUCAGAUCAACCAGUUCUUCUGCACAGUCCAGGCUUUACUAAAGCUGUCCUGUUCUGACACCUCCACCUAUGAAAAUGGAUUAUUCCUCACUGGCGUUGUGGUACUUCUUGGUCCCUUCUCAGUCAUCCUAGCCUCCUACAUUUUUAUUCUUUCCACAGUCCUAGGAAUGCACUCAGUUGAGGGAAAGCACAAGGCAUUUGGUACAUGCAUAUCCCACCUGUGUGUGGUGGGAAUAUUCUAUGGAGCAGCCGGUUUUAAGUAUAUGAGACCCAGAUCCUACAGAACACCACAACAAGAUAAGAUCGCCUCAGUGUUUUGUGACAUCAUAACCCCAUCGUUGAAUCCCCUGAUAUAUAGUCUGAGGAAUCGAGAUGUGCUAUUAGUUUUUAAAAGAUGGAUUGGAAAACAUCCAUUGAAUAGAUAA